GACGCGGGCCAGCGGCCGGCCCGCAAGGGCGGGGCCGCGCCGCCGCCCAGCGGAGGCGACCAGUCGGCGCCCGGCGGACAGGCGGUCGCGCCGCUGCAGACACUGCGCUGCGUGUGCGCGGUGGCGCGCCCGUUCUUCGCCGAGCGCGCCUCGCGCGCGAAGGACCGGGUGAGGGAGAUGCGAAGACUGCGGAAAGCAUCGCGGGCGGCAGUUACGGGGCGCAAGCUGCUGAAGAUCCGCACGGCCAACAUAUCCAGGUCGCGGCGGCGGGUGACGCGUCGAGCGCGGACGCUGCCAGGCUUCACCGUGGCAGCCCGGCCGGCCCCGCACCGUGCUUUCGUGGUGGUCGACGGCAUGGUCGUGCUGGGGGAAAUCAUCGACAGCCAGGGCAGCACGUCGGCCAGCAUCGACUUCUGGUUGAGCGAAGCCGAAAGUUACUUCUGGGCAGAUUCGCGCGCCUUGUGCGCGCCAGCUACGGUGCAAGACAAGAUGCGAGCAUGGUGCAGAGGACCGCGGGCUUCGGCACUUCACGGGACAGAGACGUGGCACGUGACAGCUGAUCUCAUGCACAAGCUGCGGAGCUGGGAGUUCAAAUUCCUCCGACGCGCCUUUCGGCUAAGACGUAAACCAGCCGAGACGUAUCAAGACGAUCUGCAAAUCAAGGCAAGCAGGAUAGAAGGACGGAUGGCCCGUGCGGGCUUUCAAUCAAUUCAUAUUGUUGUUCUCGGCUACGUGUGCAAAGCUGCCAACUACGAGCCCGCGGCGUGCAACGACGAGGGCAUGUCGCCGCUAUGUUUGGCAAGAGCCGACAUGGUCCACGCGAUGGACCAGGAGGGCGUCACGCUCUCCCGGGUGGCCACGUUCCCGUCCCAGGAGGCCGUCGUCAACCCAGUCUUGCUGAUCCAUGGGCGAAUGCGGCAGCUGUGCUGGGUGCGCCGCCUGCUCAUGCUUCGCCUGGUCGUGAUGUUGCUGGAAACGCCGCUGCAGCUCGGACUGGCGCACGCCGAGGGGCACUCGAUCGUUGAGGUCGCAUGUCGUGGAGCCUUUGAUGAGCCGAAGCUGCUCUGGAACAGUGCCGUGGCGGCCAGGCUCGGGCUGGACGCGCGGCCUAUCACCGAGGAUAUCAAGCGCGCGUUCGCCAGCCUCGACGCUAGCGCGUGGUUGUGGCCCUGGCAAAUGGGCGCAACCAUGGAGGCAGCGCGUCCGACAGUUCAACAGUUCUGGCACGCGGCCGCGGCAUGGGCUCGCGCCGACGAGCGCAGCAGGUGCUUCCCGGCCAUGGGCGACUUCAACGUCUCCAAGUGCCAGACCUUGCCAAUGCGGGCGCCUAAAUACCAGCAGCUUCUGGCCAGGUCUCGACCACAUGGAUUGGAGUGGCUGCGCGCCUGGGACUUCAUGACUCGCGCUGCAUUUCUCGCGCGCGAUAUUCUACCAUCGCUUCCACUUGCCUCGGCUCGGCAGGGGGCAGAGGACGUUUGCCGACUUGCCCUGCGUAGCGCGGCGCGGGCCAUCUGGCGCCAAGGUGCUUCGCCGGCAAGUGAGCUCUUGAAUCCUUCGGCGAUCGUGCGACGCUUCCUGCGCGAUGACGAGCGCGGCGUUGAUUCGCCGCUGAAGGCCGGGGCCUGUCGCGACUCGGCUUCGCGCCUCAAUUGCGAGUGGAAUGGGCGCCAACGACGCGCUGCGGCCGAGCGACUGCGGGCAGGCCCACCCAGCGCCUUGCCCGAGUGGCGGGUCUCAUCGGGGGCCCGCGCCUCGCGGGGAUGCGGCGAGGCAGCCGAGGCGCAGACGCUUGGCCUGGCGGUUCGUCUUCGACUUCUGCGCCGGGGCCCCGAUUGGCGCUGCCUCGAGCUCUCGACCUGGGCGCGGGAAAACGGAAUCAGGAGGCGGCGCCUGCGGGGGGGGGUCUACGCCCGAGAUGCCGAAGGCGACGUCCAUGAGUUCACCGCGGAUGCCCUCGCCGCCAUCGCAUCCAGCGUGGAUGCUUAA